CCGCAGAAUUCAAAUUUUGCUCGAUUUAGCCAACAUCUUGCUAAAGAGGGUGUCCUUAACGAGCCUGUCUUCCUAACUUCCGCCUCCUCAAGUGAUGGGCCGGACCUCUCAGAAAAGUAUAAAUAUGAAUUAGAGCUUAAAAAACUUGAAUGUGAGCAUCAGCGUGAAGGGCGUGAGGAAAGAGAGAGAGCUAGAGAGUUAGAGUUGCGUGGGCUAGAGUUAGAGCAUGCUUUGGAGCUCAAGAAAUUAGUGUUAGCGGGGGGUUCAGUAGAAG